GCCAGGGAGGGCAAGCUCCGGGGCUGGGGCUCUCUCGGUCGGCGUGUGUCGCAUUGGUGCGCGCUCGACCUCGGCAUGGGUCCCGUCGUAGGGCGUAGCUAGGACUCGCUGCUAGCAGCACUCGGUGCCCAGGCCUGCUCGAAGAAGGCGCAACCGGAGGAGGACCAACGCAGUUUGCUUUCUCGUGCGAAAUAGGGAGAGAGUAGAAACAAAGGAAAGGCCGCGAUGACGGUGCCUACCGUGCUCACGACGACGGCAUCCCCGCUUCUUAUGAUCUUGCUGCUUCUGCUACGGGCAGGGCGGCCGGACUCGUCGGCUGCGUUCGCUGCACCAUCUCCGGCCCCCGGUAAUGAUACAGCGACCGCAGUCAGCGCCUCUGAGGCGACUUGCGAGUCGGACGCGGACUGCCGGCGACUGAGCUUCCAGGCUGCCAUGGUGGGCGUCGGGUGCGACGUGUCAACGCACCGAUGCAUCUGCUCCAACCGGACGCUCGUGCUCACGCGCCGCGGGACGUGCCUGCCCAUUCGCAUGCUGGGACAACCCUGCCGGCGCAACGAGCAGUGCCUAAAAAUUGACAAGAACUCUGAGUGUGACGACGACUUCUGCAAGUGCAAAGAUGGCUUCUUUCUAUUCAAUGACAUCAACGGCACAUACUGUUCACCAGACGUGGAGGUACAGACUAUGCACCCUUACGGCUUGAUGCCCAAGGACAACAGUCUGUCCGAGGAAAACAUGGUGCCCAUUAUCGUCUGCCUGGCCAUCAUGUUCGUUGGCAUGUGCGUUGCCCUGCAGUUGUUCAGCAGGGCUCGUUUCCGCAACCAGCGCACCAUCUUCAACACCCCAAACCCGCGGCUGUCGCACCUCAAGAUGGACAGCAAGCGGCGCCAGAGUCACGCGAGCCUGUACGCAGGCUCUCGCAGAGCCAGCACCUGUUCCCAGCUGUCGCCUUCCAAGACGGCAGGAAGCAGGGUCGGAAGUAGGGCUGGUAGCAGAGCCGGAAGCAGGAGCGGAAGCCCCGACGUUCGACGCUCUUCAGGUUUUCAGCAUCAUGGCGAGCACCACGGAGAGCGCCAUGGAUCCAAGGAUGGCGGCCACACACUGAUUGCCAGAGCUGCGGAGUCACUCCAGAACGGCUCUCCCAAGGUGAUCGUGAAUCGGGGACGGUCCCCGUCACCGCCGGCGCAAGCGUGAGCCCGCCCCCCAACGUCGCUGGCCGAGCAGCAGCAGCAGCCGCAGCAGCAGCAACAGCAGCAGCCAACCUUGCGUCGCUCCAGCUGAACGCCCAGUACAGAUCCACCCACCUCCCGCUUCGUAUCUUCUCCUCCACCCACCAACACGCGGUGCUUUCAUCUCAGCCGAAAAACGCCAUAGUGCGCCUCCCGCACAAGCAUUUCGUGCGGCAUUACUCGGGCCAACGAUGCUAUACGGAAAUUGUUGGAGUGGAGAUGGCUUCCAGCAGCAGAAGCCGUGCAGGACCCCCACCUUACCGUGGUGCCCCGGAAAGCCCCCUGUGUUCUACACUGACAGCAGAAAGCGUUCUUGUCUGGUUUCCGGUGGUUGUCCAGUUUCUAAAACUGGCCCGAGAUAACGUUGCUCGACUUGUGUUAUUGCGCAAUCGAGCGAUACUGGUUUGCCUUUGGACAAGCCUGUCCUCAUAGGCGACUGCCUGCGUGAAUUUUUGUAUGUUCGUGUGUUUGUUUGCUUGUUUGUUUCCGAUGACCUACCCAAUUCACGUGGUAAGACGAAGAGAAACGCUGUUUUGUCCUGGAAAAAAAAAGAUUAGUGAAAAAGGAGAAGGGAAAACGUUUGGCUAACGUCCAUUAUUAACCCAUGGUGGCGGGUCUGCACAUAAAAAGACGAAGUAUCAUAGUUAUACUUUUCUUUUUUAGGCAGUUUACUAGUUUAGUAUUAUAGUACCGAUGAUUUGCACUUUCAGGAAUACAUGCGAGGAAUCACGUCACACUGUGGAGAAUCGUACAGUCAGCAAACCGACGCAAACUUCUUGUAACGCUAAAGUGGGCGGUUUCCUCCUAAUAUAACACGGAUGCUUUAAAAUGGAUUCUUUUGCUAUAGUGAAUAGUCAGUGCAGAACAGCUGCUAAAUAUAAAAUCCAUAAGCACGUCGCAGUUAUCGCCAGAAUUCGCGUCUGCAUACGAUGCCGAUAAGGCGCUUUCGCACGCUCGACCACGUGCGCGCGGGCGCCCAUACGCGCCGAUAUUCGCGUGCUCGACUAAGCCUAAUUGAGCAUUUGCGGCCACGCGCUAUUAUAUAACAGCUAGCGGCUCACUCGUCCUGUUUCGCCGAAAAGGUGUUGUGGGGGGCCACCCAUGUGUGUGUCUGUGUGCGCAUUCUUUCAAACUCUAGACGCUUUUAAUCAUUCGCUUAUUGAAUUCCCGCUGCCAGCCACUAGGUUCUACUUUCCAUUUCAUCACGAAGUCCGUAUUGCUAAGUGCAAACUUCAAACAUCUAUGUGGCAUUGUCAGAUUGAAUGACAUUUACCGCCUAUCGCGACUUGACCUUCCAUAUAGGAUGCCGGCAGCACAAGUAAAUGUUUAUAAUGGGGUCUGCCUCAACGGUUGUUUUAACAAACAGUGUUAAUGCUUCUAAAGGUGAGAAACGGUGAAAUCCGAAGCUGGUAAUUUCAAAAACGCUCAUGGAGUCAUACACAACGUUAACCUAGCAACCAGAUGUCGAUUGAUUCUUUAACUUUUCUACAAACAUGCGUGUUGCUCAGCAAAGCUUAUAAACGUAUGUAUAAUUUACUUCGCAUCCGAAAAAAGUUUUGAAUAUACGGUUGAAUAUAAAGCGGUUCUACUUCAGAUUAAUCACAGUUACCUAAAAGAUACGGACAAGUCUGAAAUAACGCUUAGAAUUUAAAAAAAAUCAUAUUCAAUCGUUGGCAAUAUUUAGGGAUGUCAUAGUAUUCAAUGACAUUAAUCCGAGACGCGUAGCUCCUGCUCCAAUAUUGACAGUGUUAAGGAACUCAGUUAUUCAAUCGCGUUCUUUAUUAGCCCCGUUCGUAACGUUGUAAUUCACAUUAACUACUAGUACCGCUUCGCAUAUUGGGUUGAUCAUGAAGAUCUUGCUUGGAGGAUUCCUUAAUGUGACUUGACAUUCACGAGGGUGAAACGACUACUCACAUUUGUCACCAUGUCCAUUCAUAGGUCAUGUUGAUAAUACAGAAGAGGAAACUGGCAAAGAGCAAUGAAAACAUAGCUCGCCCUAUACUUGUCAUAUUUAGAAAAUAGAAACCGCGCAUCUCGCGCAGCAUAUUUUUUUCAGCAUUAUUUAAAACAUAAGUCCAGCGAAUUCAGAUUUCUUCUCUUGUUGUCGCAAUACAUCGACGAGCACUUGAAAUGGCGCAUAAAGCCUUUUAUCCUCUCCUCUGAUAGGCAUACAGCAAACAUUACCAGUCUGUAAUGAAAUCAGUAUCCUGUUGAAUUGUAACUUAUAGACACAAUGUAUAUCACCUGCUUAUCACAAAUGACAUAUAAAGAGGGAAGCAGUACUUUUUCAAAGUAAUAGGCCAGUGAUCGUUCAUUCAGUUUCAAAUACCUUUAGGUGAGAAUGCAAGAAAAAUUAAAAAACUAAGAUUAUGGGUAGCAAAAAUAUCUAAAACUAGGCGUUUCCGUUUGUCGAAUUCGCGUAUUCGCAAGGUAAUUGUCGGUACCAUUGUUAUGAAUAUUUUGCAACAUGUUCGUUCAACUAAAAUAAUGUGAACCCGUUAACCAUACAGGGUUGCUUUCUUGGCGCAAAGGCGACGGUGCAUCAUCUUGUUAUGUUUAUAAAAAAAACCAACAUGCAUGCUUUUAAAGAGUCUUACAUUUUCCCAAACACUCGGAAGUUAAACGCUGCGAAGAAUCAUUACGUGAGCUUAACAAUGCUGUUAACAAUGCCACAUAAUCGAGGGCUUUAUCCCACCAUCCCUAUGGUGACAUUACCACAAAUAACAAAUUUUAACAAAAUUCUGGAUUUAUGCCUGACAAAACCAAGAUCUCUUUGCGAGACACGCCGUAUUGGAGGACUACGGAAUGACUCACGCCACCUGGGGUGUUUAAACGUGCAUCUAAACAUUAGUACACGUUUUUGCACAUUAGUACACAUUAGUACGUAGUUCUUUCAUUCCGCCCUCAUCGAAAUGCGGCCGUCGCGGUCGCGUUUGAACCCGCAAUCUCGAGCUCAGCAACACAAUGUCAUAGCCACUAAGUUACCACGGUUGAUUACAACCGACAAUUACCCAAUUUCUUCUCUUUCUUUUAUCAUGACGUCCAAUUCUUAAACGGAUUUGUAAGUUGCCCAGCCAAUGUGCUAUUCAAUCGAUUAAUUGGGAAAGCGCUAUAAGAUAGGUUGCACUUCUCCUCUGCGGAAGACUUGCUAAGUGAGAUUCGUCCGGAAAAUCCAAAAUAAGCGUCGCUCGUGUUCGUGGCGUAACGCGUGUCCUAGCGGAUGUUUUCACACCACGUUGUACAUUUUAACCACCAGCGAUACAUACUCCAUUCCUUCCCUGCAAACAUUCCAACUUGCAAGUUGAAACACGUUACUCGUUAGCUUGGGCAUGUUUUGUUGCCUUUGCACGUGCAAAAGUUUUCCUUGGCUGUUUUGUUCAAACUGAAUGUUAAUGUUUAGAAAUAUAUUGAAGGAAAUUGUUAUGUACCCAAGUGCAAGAAACAACAUUAUAUUUCGUCCAAAAGUUUGAGAAAUGCAUCUCAAUCAAAACUUGAUGCAAUACCCCAUUAUGAU